UCCAGGAAGUUGCUGAGCACAGCGUUGACGGAAAGUGAGGCUGCUAUUCCUCUCUUCUUUUGCAAUUUGCUAUUUCACACUUUGCACCAAGAAUGCGUUUACCAACAUGGCAAAUGGGCAGCUGUCAAGGGCCGAAGCGUUGGCCUUCUCAGGCUACAGACACGCAUGUCAUGCGAUGCUCUACUCUGACACGAAAAGUCUGCUUUUUGGUAGAACUCCCAUCAAACAUAUCAUACUGAUGCAGAUGCGCUUUGACGGUCUGCUGGGUUUCCCUGGCGGUUUUGUUGAUCAAUCACAAGAGAGUCUGGAGGCGGGGCUUUGUAGGGAAUUACAGGAGGAGCUGGGUGUGGCUCUUUCGAUAUCCGAAGACGAUCAUGUGGAUGCUCGCCAUGCCCCAGGAACCGCUCCCUGCUCCCCCAGUCUCAUCACUCACUUCUAUGUGAAGAAGCUAACGGAGGAGCAGAUUAAGGAGGUAGAGCAAGCGUCUGCAUCCACAGCAAGAGAUCACGGCCAGGAGGUCCUUGGGAUGGUCCGAGUCCCUCUCUACACUACAAAAAAUGGAGGAGGCCUCUCCUCGUUCCUGUCGCAUGCGUUCAUCGGGAAUGCUCGCACCCAGCUGCUCAACUCUCUACUCCGCCUCCACCUGCUUGCCCCAGAGGACCUGCACAAAGCCCUCAAGCACUCAAUCAAGACACAUGCACACAGUGCAAGGGACAUGCAAGCAGCACUUGCGUUGACGGCAGCCAAGAGGGAUCAGUGUUGAAUCCCGGUCACUUUAGCACACACAGAUGUACAGUAACAAUAUAAAUAAAUAGUAUUAUAAAUUCA